GACCGUCCGGCUGCCCCCGCCUCCUUCCGUCCGAGUGGCGCUCUCCCGCGGCUGCGCCAGCCGGGCCGCCCCGGAGACAAAGCACCGCCGCUGCCGCCGCGACCGAGCGGGUCCCGGGCCAUGGCCGGGCGGCCCCCCGGUCCCGCGCCUCCCGUCCCGCCGCCGCCGCCGCCUCCCUAGGCUGCAUGGCGAGGUAUUUGAGCACCAACUACAUGCUGGGCACUGGAAUUCAGGCAAAAAACCCCUGCCUUCCUAGAGUAGGCAAAGAUGACCUAGAUGUGGAAACAGAGGCCCAGAGAAGCUUAAAGCUUGCCCAGGGUCACACAACCUGGACACUACAGAGCUGAUGUUUGAACCCAGAGAAGAGCAAGCCGAUACCAGACUGGGCAGAGGGCAGGGAGGCAAGCAGUGGCCUGCAAGGGGUGGUGCGAGGCCCCCGCCCACCGGGGUUUGCUGCGAGAUGAGAUGAGUUAAUACGUGUAAAAUGCUCGGCCUGCAGUAGUCUUCCUCCACCGUACCUUGCGGAGGCUUCUGGGGCCAGUGAGGCCCGAGCUUGGGCCCUGGCUCUGCUCCUGAGGAGCUGCGUGAGCGUGGCCAGGCCGCUUCUGCUCCAGGAGCCUCAGUUUCCUCACCUGUGCGAGAGGGGCGUUGAGGGCCGCCGGUGGCCGAGGGUGGUCGCGAGGUCACGGCGAGGCGCGGCGGCCCCGGCGCGGCUGCCAUGAAGCUGAACGAGCGCAGCCUGGCCUUCUACGCCACGUGCGACGCCCCGGUGGACAACGCGGGCUUCCUGUACAAGAAAGGCGGCCGGCACGCGGCCUACCACCGCCGCUGGUUCGUGCUGCGCGGCAACAUGCUCUUCUACUUCGAGGAGCCGGCCAGCCGCGAGCCCGUGGGCGUCAUCAUCCUGGAGGGCUGCACCGUGGAGCUGGUGGAGGCCGCCGAGGAGUUCGCCUUCGCCGUGCGCUUCGCCGGGGCCCGGGCGCGCACCUACGUGCUGGCCGCCGAGAGCCAGGCCGCCAUGGAGGGCUGGGUGAAGGCGCUGUCGCGGGCCAGCUUCGACUACCUGCGGCUCGUGGUGCGCGAGCUGGAGCAGCAGCUGGCCGCCAUGCGGGCCGGGGACUGCCCGCCGCCGCCGCGCCGGCCCCGCGCGCUCCCGCCCAAGGAGAACGGCUGCGCCGUGUGGAGCGCCGAGCCGCCCCCCGCCGCCGCCGCCCCCGCCCCCGCCCCCGCCCUCAUCCUCAGCCCCGCGGGCGCUGCCGCCCCCGCCGGCUCGCGGCCCGGCCCCGCGCCGCCGCCCCUGCCUCCCCGGCGGCGGGCCUGGGCGCCCAACGGGCCUCCGCACGCCGGCUCCUUCGCCCGGCUGCACGAGUGGUAUGGGCAGGAGGUGAGGGCGCUGAGGAGCCAGUGGCUCGGGAGCCGGAGCCGGGCCCAGCCCUGAAGAGCUGAGCGGGGCGGGCCAGCCCUGAGCUCGCCCCGGGGUGGGGGUGGGGGGGCUGGUUCUGGAGGGACCGCAGCCCCAGGCCUCGCCCUGACAGCCCCUGCCCUGGGAGACCGGAGGGGUGGCGGUGGGGCGGCCUGGUCCUGAGGGAAGUCGGGGUGGCCUGGUUUCCGGGCCCCGGCUCUGAGAAAGUGCUGGGUUCUGAGGGGUGCUUUAGGACUUGUGGGACUCGGAGGGGGCCAUGUGCCGCUUCUGAGGAGCAUCCAGGGCCUCGGUGAGCCUCAAGAAGCCGGAGGCCUGGUAUCCAGGGAACUCGGGCCCCACGCCCCGCGGGAGUCACCCAGCAAAGGCCUGUUGCUGGUAACAGGCCCCCCGCUGGGGGGACAGCGACCAUGGGAGGAUCUGGGGCCUGAAAGGCAAUGCCGGGUCAGCCCUGCUCCUCCUGGCCUCUCGGACUGGACCUGGACUUGGACAGACAGAAGCCUUGGCUGUGGGGCACCACACCUGGGCUUGACCUUUUGCUCCGGGGCCUGGCUCCAGAAGCAGGUACAGAAGGCGGUGCAGGCGCAGGUUUUAAUGCGUGACCCGUAUGGUGGGAUUGCCUGGUCCCAAGGGCUCUUGGCUUGGAGUGGGCCUCAGCCAGGCCUUGAGAAGGUGCUGCAGGCACUGUAGUGGCCCUCUGGUUUGGGCCAUGUCUGUGUCCCUGUGGUGGUUCUCACAUGCCCUCGCAACACUCCUUAACCACUUCCUUCAGUCUCCUGCUGGAGCGGGUCUUCUGCCCCAGCCUGGGCUGGGGCCUCUCAGGAGCUCGCCUGACCUUGUCCAGUCCUGAGCUGGGCAGCUGUGGCCUGAGCUGACUUUCUAGCCGGGUUCCCCAGCGAUGGGUGGCUGGAGCUGACUCACCCCCCCAGAGAGGGCCUGGGUGCUGAUCUGGUACUGCAAAGGAACAGCUGCCAAGCUGUGUUUGGCUUCUGGAACCCCCUCCCUCCAUCACAGUCUCAGCCCACCUUCACCCCCAGUAUUCGGAUGGGGAGACCAGGUCUUGCUUUGCUUCAAGACCGACUGCUGUUUUACUGUACUCACUCACCACAGUGGCCAUUCUUCAUCCAGGGAGAAUCUCGGGGGGCUGGGACACCCCCGACCCUCAAGCUGGGUUAUGUUUACAGUUCUCAGUGCCCCACACUGGGGACCACCUGAGGGGACACAUAUGCCCCAACCUGUAUUUCCCCAGAGGGUUCCCCUUGGUGACAGUGGGACUUGGUCCUGAGGCCCCUUCCUGCUGUCUUUGGAGACCCUGGGGCUCGGGGAAGAAUGGGGGGUGUCUGUGUGUGUCUGCAAUCACCAGCUCACUGCUGGCUCAGUUGACUGGGGCUACAGUUUUAAUUUAAUUUUUAAUACUUAGGGUGUUUUCCCCCCUGGCAACAGAGCUUGGUGUUUUCACUGCUUUUGUUUCUUGUUAGCUGGUGGGAGGGGAUGAAGUGCCCCAGCUCUGGGCUUGGCUGAGGGUUGGCACUGCCCCCAGGGAGAGGGUCAGGAGCCUUGGCUGAAGACAAAGUCACCUCAAGAAUCUCACCUGGGUCUCUGCCUUCUUCCCAGCAAGUCCUCUUCUCUUGACAGGUGCCCCUGGGGUCUUUGUACGCUUCCCACCCGCCUCCUUUCCAAGUCCUAAAUGGAGGGGGUGGGGAUGGCUGCUCUCCUCCAUAGGCUCUGGGUCUCCAGGGAUGUUAGGAUCUGCCCAGAGCCCAUGUCCUGGCCAGACCCAGCUGGUGGGGUGAGGUUUCGGCCCCCAUCGUGGUACAGGUUUACAAGCUCUAUAAAGGUACAGUGCCUACCACUGCCCCCCUUAAGGCCCCACCCCCCCAAAAAGCACAAGAUGGGGUCAGGCUGCCUCCAGAGUUGGGUGGGGACAGAGAUAUCAGGCAGCCUGGGAGGGGGAUGCAAAGGCUAAAAUAAAAAAAUUUGUCAAGUGA